AUGCUCUCCAACUGGGACAAGUAUGGUCGUUUCAGCCUCGAUCUUGCCUCUGCAGCGACCGCCGCAUGCACCAAGCUCGGCUUCUCCGUCACUCGUGGAAUAGCCUCCACAGCGGCCGGUUUCACUGGUACCGUCGUUGACUAUGCUUUGUUUGGCGGAACCACUGGCGCAGGCGAGAUCUUCGGCGUUCGUUGCCCUUGCCCCAUCUUACUCGGAGAAUCCAUUACCUCGACGUCCCUAAUCGCCGCCCACUCCUCUCUGUCCAUCCUAACCACCAUCUUCCCUGGGAGCGACGAGGCAAGCUUUUCCCUUACCAGCUUCGUCGGUCUCCGAGCAUUGCCAGAACAGCGGUUUGGCGUCACGGAGGUCCUCAGAGCUCUCGCCGGGUUCGCUGCCCUCCAAGGCGUGACCAGCCACUGGCAGGAGAAGCGAUGGUUCAAGUACAUGAAGGAAGUCCCCCGGCUUUCCACUCGACGCCAUACGCGGCCCUCUGCGUCCAUGGAUGAUCUCAAACAAACCCUCCGUCGUCUGUCCAAGCUCGUUCUUGCAGGCUAUGGCGGACCGAGUCUUCUCUUCUUUGGCGUCUCUCUAUCGCCCUGGGAGAAGGUGCAACAGAAGGAAGAGGUUAAGAUCGCUGACGCCAUUGAUGCUUCAGAGAAGGAGGCCGCGGGCGAGACGGCCAGAGGCGCACCACAGAUUCGAACCGGCCUGGUGCACGACCAUGAUAUUUUCCUCAACUGGGCCAAGUCGCAUUCGUCGACCCCGCAAGCCUCCCCGGAAUCCGCUCCACAUCCACCUCCCACCGCACAUGUCAGCUCCGAAUCGCACAUGCCGCGGUUCUGGGUUUUGACAGACCACGUCCGUCAAGAAGUCGUCCUCCUCGCUGUCGACCUCACGUGCGAUCCUACUCCUUUCGUCCUCCCGAAUGACCAGCCGCCACCUCGUCCCGCGCCGAUUCACACUCUAAUUCACGACCGCAACAACACCAGGUCCAGCUACGACCAUACCUGGAACUUUCCUUUCCCCAUGGAUCUGUCCGUUCCGUUUCCGACGACUCCCUCGGCACCAAGAUCCCGCAGGAAUUCCGCACGUUCGGGGUCUUCUACGCCACUCCCCCGUUCACGCGUUUUGUCAGAGAGCAUAGAUGACAACGUCCAUCUCGUGCACGGAGGAAUGAUCAGAAUGACGCGCGCGAUGGGGUCUCCUGGGAAACCUGUGCACGUAGCCGUUCGAGAAGCAUUGCGCAGGAACAAGGGAUACUCGCUUGUAUUGUGCGGUCAUAGUCUGGGUGCCGGGGUCGCUGCUCUUCUAGCGCUGAUGUGGGCCUCGACUGAGACAUGUCUUACACAGAGGUCGUCGGGGCUACCCGUCAACCGUCGCGUCUCUGCCUACUGCUUUGCCCCUCCGUGCGCGGUCUCCCCACGGUUGAGUGCGAAGGCCGCGGCCUCCGGCUUGAUCAUGUCUUUCGUGUACGGCCACGACAUUGUUUCUCGCUUGUCUUUAGGCAGCGUGCGCGAUCUGACGCGCGGCGCUGCCUGGCUGUGCGCGGCGGAGAACCGCGAGGGUUCAGAGGAGGGAUAUUCCACUCUGACGAAGAGAGCGUUCAAGUGGAAAAUCGGUCGCGGAGAGGAGGGAGAUGAGGAAUGGUUCCUCGCCGUCAGGAAGACUCUCGAGGCGAACAUGCAGAUGGCCGACCUGUUCCCGCCCGGGCGCGUCUUUUGGGCCCUCCGCGACGGCGAUCUGCACCGCAGCCAUCGCAUCGGGGCCGGCACCGGGCGGUCGUCCCCGAAGGACAAAGUGCGCCUCUUCGAGGUCUUGGACAUCGAGCACGUCUUCGGGCAGAUCAUCUUUGCCCGGGACAUGCUCAGCGCCCACCUCCCGCACCAGUACGACCAGGUCCUCCACGAGCUGCUGUAA